GAUCCCCCUCCCCAUUCCCCCGCCCGCACCCCCGGCCCGCCCUGACUCUCGCGAGAGCCUUACAGGAUAUAAAGGCAGCGUCCCGCGCACGCCUCGCGUUUCUUCUUCUUCGCUGGCAUCGGUUGUCUUUCUGUGGAAUUGCUGAUAGCACUAUGUCUUCAGGAAAUGCCAAAAUUGGGCACCGUGCCCCCCAGUUCAAAGCAACAGCUGUUAUGCCAGAUGGGCAGUUCAAGGAUAUCAGCCUAGCUGACUACAAAGGAAAAUAUGUUGUGUUCUUCUUUUACCCUCUUGACUUCACCUUUGUGUGCCCCACGGAGAUCAUUGCUUUCAGUGAUCGGGCAGAAGAAUUUAAGAAACUGAACUGCCAAGUAAUUGGUGCUUCUGUGGAUUCUCACUUCUGUCACCUGGCAUGGAUCAACACACCCAAGAAACAAGGAGGACUGGGACCCAUGAACAUUCCCUUGAUAUCAGACCCCAAGCGCACCAUUGCUCAGGACUAUGGGGUCUUAAAGGCCGAUGAAGGCAUCUCAUUCAGGGGCCUUUUUAUUAUUGAUGAUAAAGGUAUCCUUCGACAGAUCACCAUAAACGACCUUCCUGUUGGCCGCUCUGUGGAUGAGACACUGAGACUAGUUCAGGCCUUCCAGUUUACUGACAAACAUGGGGAAGUGUGCCCAGCUGGCUGGAAGCCUGGCAGUGAUACCAUCAAGCCUGAUGUCCAGAAGAGCAAAGAAUAUUUCUCUAAGCAGAAGUGAGCACUAGGCCAUUUUAGGGCCAGGCUGCAGUAGGCAGCCUUGAAAACAAAACCUCUUUUGUCCUACUGUCAUGCUUAAAACCAUUUUACACUCCGCCAGGAUGUCUAUGGGACAGGACGGGCCUUUCCUGCAGGGGUUGGAGAGGCCAGCCUUUCUUCCUCUGGACGGCCAACUGAUGUAUACAGUAAGGGGGUAUCACUUUUGAUCUUUUGUAGUUUUAUUAAAUUUGAAAUGAGA